AAGUCCAAAUUUAUACAAUUUUUUCAUGUUUUGACAAUCUCUAUACUACAAUAAUAUUAAAAUUAAUAAAAUUUUGUUUUGUUUAAUAGAUUUAAUCAAGUAUUUUAUAAACAGGUUAUGCAAACAUUGAUAGUAAAUUUAUCUCCGCAGUGUGGCGCUACUGAUGUUCAGCUGUUUCUAUCUUCAGAACUUGACCCAUAGUCCGUGCAUAACCUACAAAGUGUGAACACUAGUAGGUCGUAUAAACAUAAUUAAUUAUAAUUUAAAUUUAUAAUCUAGACGAUGGCAGAAGCUCUUAAAAAGGUUACUUUGACAGGUCUAAAACAAGUUAGCAAUCCUUAUGGUAUUUUGGAAGUUCUUAACAAUAAAAUAUUAAAUGGAUUGAAAACUUUUCCAGAGAAUUAUACAUAUCGACAAUGUACAGAACAAAUUGUCAAAGAACGAAUGGAUAUUUUAAAACAAAAUCCAAAUAAAGAAGUUGUAGCAGAAAAAUUAGGUGUCAAAUACAUUGAAGAAGUUAUCGAACAAGCUAAAUUGGAAAUAUCAUUAAUAAAUAGAAUGAAAGUAUGGAAACCAUGGGAAAAUUUAAUUGAAGAAGCUCCGGUCAAUCAAUGGAAUUGGCCACCGCAUAAGUAAAUCUUGAUUGAAUAUAUAAGCAUCUGUAUAUAGAAUAAUACUUUAUAUAUAUAUAUAUAUGUGUGUGUAUAUCUAACAUAUAUAUAUAUAUAUAUACAUAUAUUCAAAGUAGUAUGUGUAACAAUAAAUUUAAAUUAUAAUUGUUACAA